AUGAUCCGCAAAAAAUCAAAGCCUUGGCAUCUGCUUUCCCGAGACGACGAUGGCGAAUCCUCGCGUUUUCUUCGACAUGUCCGUCGGCGGCGCUCCGGUGGGGAGGAUCGUGAUGGAGCUGUAUGCGGACGUCGUGCCGAGGACGGCGGAGAAUUUCCGCGCGCUGUGCACCGGUGAGAAAGGGACGGGGCGCGCUGGGAAGCCGCUCCACUUCAAGGGUUCGAGCUUCCACCGGGUGAUCCCAGGAUUUAUGUGCCAGGGCGGCGACUUCACUCGCGGCAACGGCACCGGCGGUGAAUCCAUCUACGGUGAGAAGUUCGCUGAUGAGAACUUCGUGAAGAAGCAUACUGGCCCCGGUGUGCUCUCCAUGGCGAACGCCGGGAAGAAUACCAACGGUUCGCAGUUCUUCAUCUGCACCGAGAAGACGGCGUGGCUCGACGGCAAGCAUGUAGUCUUCGGUCGCAUCGUGGAGGGGAUGGACGUGGUCAAGGCGAUCGAGGCAGUCGGAUCCCAGAGCGGCGCCACCAAGAAGCCCGUUGUCAUUUCCGACUGCGGCCAGAUUUCUUAGAUGAACGUCGUCGUCGUCGUCGUCGUCAUCCCCGCAACUAGUAGUAACGUUCGAUUUCGUUUUCGUCGUGCUGGUAAUGAUCCGUAAUAAGGUAUGGAUCACGGCGGUGGCCGGCGAUCUCAUCCAUUUCCGGAUCUGUUUUCUUCCGUGUGUCCUCUUCUGUUCCGUGUUUGUUGAAUUUUAGAAUAUCCGUGUGAUCCAUUGAUGAUGGGAAAAAACAAUCAACUGAUAAAUUUGCCUUCGUUUGA